AGCUGCAAUCCGCCAAAACACGCAAAGAAGAAGUAAAAGUAGCAGCACAUGUGGUCACCGUCACAGUAUCACCACGUUCAUUGAGUUCUUCCGGAGAGGAGACGCACACGAGACCAGUCGGCUGCACCGAUACAACGAUUUACAUCAGAUAACAUGAGACCAGGGUUCAGUCCUCGCGGGGACCGAGGAGGACGAGGAGGUUUUGGAAGUCGGGGAGGACGAGGAGGGUUCGGCGACCGGGGAGGACGAGGAGGAUUCGGUGACCGUGGACGAGGAGGAUUCAGAGGAAGAGGGGGUGGCAGUUUCAGGUCCCCAGACGGUGGAGGAUUUCGGGGCCGAGGAGGUGGCAGAGGUGCCCCAAGAGGGAGGGGAGGAGGCAGAGGAGGCUUUGGAGCGGGGAGGAAGGUCGUGGUUGAGCCACACAGACAUGAAGGAGUGUUCAUCUGCAGAGGGAAGGAGGACGCUCUGGUGACCAAGAACAUGGUGGUCGGAGAGUCUGUGUACGGAGAGAAGAGGAUCAAUGUGGAGGAAGGAGAGGUGAAGAUUGAGUACAGAGCCUGGAAUCCGUUCCGUUCCAAGCUGGCAGCAGCCAUCUUGGGAGGAGUAGACCAGAUCCAUAUCAAGCCCGGAGCAAAGGUCAUGUACCUGGGAGCUGCCUCCGGCACCACGGUGUCCCACGUUUCUGACAUUGUCGGACCGGAGGGGCUGGUCUACGCUGUGGAGUUUUCCCAUCGAUCAGGUCGUGACCUUCUCAACGUUGCAAAGAAACGCACCAACAUCAUUCCAAUCAUCGAAGACGCCCGCCACCCUCACAAAUACCGCAUGCUCGUUGGCAUGGUGGACGUGAUUUUUGCUGAUGUUGCCCAGCCCGACCAGACGAGGAUUGUCGCUUUGAACGCCCACAACUUCCUGAAGAACGGGGGACACUUUGUUAUCUCCAUCAAGGCUAACUGUAUAGACUCGACAGCGGCUCCAGAGGCAGUGUUUGCCUCAGAAGUGAAGAAGAUGAGCUCUGAGAACAUGAAGCCACAGGAACAGCUCACACUGGAGCCUUAUGAGAGAGACCACGCUAUUGUGGUGGGCAUUUACAGACCUCCACCUAAAGGGAAGAAAUGAAGGCUCGGGGAAGCUGAUUACCAUUUUCAACCACCAUCUACUUUUUAUACUCGUCCAGUGUCCUCCUCUCCACCUCCGCCUGCCUGUCACGCUAUGAAAGUAUGACCAGCAAUCAGGGUCACGUUUGGCUGGGUUUCCUUUUCUUUUGAGUCCCCUGACAGUUAACUAACUGACCAUCCAACUGCUGGAGUCUUCCUAUUACUGUUUAGGUUGGGAGCACGUUGCAUGACAUUUGGGGCCGUUUCAGUCACACAUUGUCAUCUGCAUCUGCAUCUGCGACCUGGAAAAUGAAGUUACCUCCUUUUUUUCCUUUUUUUUUUUUUUUAAUGAUUACUUCUUUUUAUGAGGGUGCUUCUGAUCCCAUAUUGGCAGGGAUAUCCCAGUUAUCCACACCUCAAACGGUUGGUAUUUUUAGUGUAUAAUAAGUUGGAACUUACUGUAUGUGCAGUAAAAUAUACUUAUUUCUCAACCCCCCACACUUUACCUUACACCCGUAAGGAACCCUUAAGUCUGAUCUAUUUAGUGGUGAGGUGGUCAACUUGUGUACAGACAAAUAUAGAUGGUGACUUUUUCACUCUGACUUGUAAUUUGAUAGUAGUAUUGCUUUUGUGUUGACAACGUAUGGAGCAAAAUGGUUGCAACAUGUAUGCUUUGAACAGUUUAUAUUUUUGUCUUGACGUAACCGGCAACUUUGUUUUAAUAAAAUGUUUAUAAUUGUU